AUGAUACUGGUUCUUACGGCAUAUCAAGCGAUACGAGACCUUCCGGCACCUACCAUUGCCCGGGUUCACGUUUCAUCAUCACUCGGAUCUGGUCUCAAGAUCGUGGCCGCAGGCGGUUUGCGAGAGGCCAUGAUGGCGAUUCUGUCUGCAGUGCCUGGGCUGGAGCUAAAAGAGCUCUGGUGUCACAAAGCAGCCCUUUCGGCAAAUCGAACUAGUUCCCAGCAUAGAAGGGCAACGACGUAUUUGCGCUGGACGCAAAGCAUAGACAACCUGUCGAGAAAGUCGUCGAAAGUUGUCAAGGACCCGAUUCGGAUUAGCUCAAGGCCUCCAGACGAUCAUGCCAGCAGGUGCUUCAUCGAUAACCUGAAGUCUUCACAUUUUGCAGAGUCAACUUCUGGAAUACGAAUGCGACAGCAGCAUGGCGUUCAACCGCAGUCCUCUCGAGGUGAGUCAAAGCUUCUUCACAUUACGCAUAAUGGAGUCGCUUAA